AUUGAUGAAUCCUGGUCUGGGGUGUCAGGAAGCUCUUCUCGCAAAGCCGUAACCGCGAAGCGUCGACCCAUCCAUAUCCAACCAUCCGUGCCGUCCCAUGCUUGCGCCUUGGCUGUCACUGGCUCACUUAUAACUGUGCCUUAGCACAUGUUCUUCCAAGCAGUCGCCUCUCCGCCACUCGACGGUUCCAUUUCCGUUAUCCCUGGGUUCAUAGACUUCCAAGCGCAGAAUAAUGGCGAGCGUCCGUGGGUCGUCUUUCCGGCCGGUACGCCCGUAGAGUCAGUUUCCUACGCGCAAUACUCCGAGGCAACCCAGAGAGUAGCUUGGGCUCUCCGGCCUGACGGCACUCGCGCGAACGGUGAAAUUGUUGCCGUUAUCGUUCAUUGCGACACCAUCCUAUACCUUGCUCUUCUCAGUGGGCUUGUCAGGGCCGGAUUUAUCCCGUUCCCUAUGUCUCCCAAGAACUCUGUUCCUGCUUUCGCAAACAUGUUGAAAAAGACGGAUUGUCACCAUAUCAUUACCCAGCCUGUCUUCGAUCCUGUCAUUUCCGGCAUCAAAUCUGAGAUUGCAUCCGAUCAAUUCCAGAUUAGAGUCGACGAGCUUCCGGGCCUUCACGACAUCUUUCCUCAGUUUUCUGGAAAUCCUGGCGCACUCCGCACCCAAACAUUCUCACCCCCCAGUAAACCUCAUUCAGCGGACGAUAUCGUCCUCUACCUGCACUCCUCCGGUUCCACUGGUUUUCCCAAACCUGUCCCUCAGCGGCAGAAGGCCGUGCUCGAAUGGUGUAUCUCAUCGCCUAUUUCCGACACUCGGAAACAUGGUGUUGUCUGGGGCUCGAUGCCUCUGCCCACUUUCCAUACGAUGGGUUUAUACAUGCAAUUCUAUACUCCCCUGGCGACAGGCUUUCCUGUUGGAUUGUACUACCCCAUGGCACCUGCUCCGCCUGUCGCGCCGAGCCCACUUAACAUCAUCGAAGCCUGUAAAGGAGCGAACGUAACCGGGGUUGCUAUUGUUCCGGCUCUUAUCGAGGCGUGGGCGCAGUCUGAGGAUACCAUCAGAUAUCUCGCAACACUGGACAUCCUUGCUUACGCUGGGGGGCCUCUAUCGAAAACGAGCGGCAACAAGCUUGUUGCUGCGGGCGUUCGUCUCUGCUGCGUAUAUGGUGGAACAGAGUACGGCGUUCACACCAAAAUACUCGACACCGAUUAUAGCUUAGGACCUGAGGCGAGCUCGAGGACGAAAGAGGACUGGGAGUGGGUAUCGUUCCCAGACUACCCUAAGUGCAGAUGGAUUCCUCAGGGCGAUGGCACGUACGAGCUGCAGUUCUUGACGUGUGAAGGACAUACACCUGCUAUCGAGAAUCUCCCCGAUGCCAGGGGUUAUGCUACCAGCGAUCUUUUCGUGCCUCACCCAACGAAGAAGGGACUGUGGAAGAUAACUGGGAGGAAGGAUGAUGUUAUUGUUCUGGGAACGGGCGAGAAAGUUGUGCCCAUUCCUCAAGAAGGCCUGAUUGCUUCGAGUCCCAUGGUCUCCGGUGUCGUCGUGUUCGGGCGAGCCAAGAACACUUGUGGCGUUCUCAUCGAACCACGUCCGGAGUUCACUGUCGAUCCAGGGAACCUUGGUGCAUUGGUAGACUUCAGAAAUAAGAUUUGGCCAGCAGUCGAGAAAGGAAACGCGAUUGCCCCUUCAUUCGCGCGCAUCUUCAAGGAGAUGAUUAUAGUCACUAGUCCUGACAAACCCUUACCUCGUGCUGCAAAGGGGACGGUCAUUCGCUUUCAAACCAUCCAGCUCUAUUCCGAGGAGAUUAACGAACUGUACAAGACAGUAGACAACAGCGCGGACACGAGGGGCAUAGCGCCACCUGCAUCAUGGUCUGUUGAAGACAUCGAGCCGUGGCUUAUAAGCCAUGCCGCCUCGAUCAACAAUGGCACUGAGAUUUCCCCUUCGCGGGACAUGUUCGACCAAGGUUUUGAUAGUUUGCAUGCUACCUUCCUGCGCAACCGCAUCAUAGGGACUAUGCGUGCAAGCCAGGACCUAGACGUUCAGCAGGCAACAGCGCGUGUAUCUCAGAACUUUGUAUUUGACCAUCCGAGUCUGCGCGCCCUUGCCAGCGCGGUCGCGGGCACAAUCCUCUCCAAAGCUCCAGUCAGCGAGCAGGAUACCCUGAAGGAAAUCUCCCAGAUGCUGGAUCACUACGUUCGCCAUAUUCCGACCCCAGAAGUCGUUUCUAGCAUCGCUAGCUCUGCUGAUAUCGUUAUCUUACUCACCGGCUCGACUGGGAACAUUGGGUCGCACAUCCUCGCUGCGUUACUUCGUGAACCAAGGGUUAAACGCGUGUAUGCGCUCAACCGCGGCUCUGACAUCCGAGCGCGUCAAGCAGUCACAUUCGACAAUAGAGGCCUUUCCACUGAUCUCCUCUCCGAUGCCAAAUAUGUACCGCUCAGUGGCGACGUCACUGUGGAGGGUUUCGGCCUGGACUCUAUCGCUCUCAAAGAGCUGAAAGAUAACGUCACACAUGUCAUCCACAACGCCUGGCGGGUCGACUUCAACCUCUCCCUCCCGUCCUUUGAUAAGUAUGUCGCCAGCACUUCGCAGCUCGUUGACUUCUGCGCCUUGUUCUCGCACUCGGUGAAGCUUUAUUUCACGUCCUCGAUCGCCGCCGCCGCCGGCUGGGAUAUCUCCCGUGGACCAGUUCCAGAGGUUGCCCUAGACGACCCUAAAGCUGCUGCUGCGAAUGGUUAUGGCGCGUCGAAAUUCGUUGCUGAGAACAUCCUGUCAAAGGCUGCCAAGAAUGGUCUCCAGGCCGUCUCGCUUCGCAUCGGCCAGGUCUGCGGAUCCAAGACUACCGGCGCGUGGGCGACGAGCGAAUGGGUGCCGAUUGUGAUCAAGUCCAGCGUGGCACUGGGAAUGCUACCAGCAUUAGAUGGCGUCGUAUCUUGGAUCCCAGUGGACGUGGUGAUUGCUUCUCUCAUUGACCUCGUCACGUCGGACAGGCCCCUUCCCGAGCUUGUCAAUAUCGUCCAUCCCCAUCCUACAGAGUGGCACGUCGUAUUCGAAUGUAUCAACGGCCGGCUUGGCCAGCAACCUCUCCGCAUGGUGCCAUUCAAAGACUGGCUUCAUGCCGUCGAGGCUGUCGCAGCCGCUGAGAGACCCGAGGAUCUCGAGCGAGUGCCUGCCGUGAAGAUCUUACAGUUCCUUCAAGGCAUCGCCGCAAGCGAAGCACGGGCAGCCGCCACACAAGGCGAGCUGUUCGUGGAGGCAGGAGGAGUUCCUACGUACGAUACGGCAAACCUGCGUCGGCUCAGCCCUUCCACAGAUACUCUUGAACCGCUCGGAGAAUUGCACGCUCGGGCGUGGGUGGACUAUUGGAAAAAGAAGGGUUUCUUGAAUUUAUGAUAGAUACCAAGACAUAGAGGAUUUCAGGAUCGCCUCUUGUACCAUUCAGCGCUGUUCUAAGUGAUUCCAUGUACCAAUAUUGAAUUUUAUCAUCAGUUCAGC